AUUUCGUCGCUUCAUUCUUCAGAUAUAUUAACCAUGUAGUCCCCCUUUCCUUGCGCUAGCAACUCCGCACGUCUUUUAGAUUUUAAAUUUACCCGCUUUUUUUUUUUUUUUUUUUUUUUUUUUUUUACCACUUCUCUGACAUAACCUGCCUUGCCGUGUUAGUCGUUUGUAACAUCAUUCCUUUUUCGUGCGCCGCAACAGACGGACGUCUUUUUUCAAAAGUAUUUUCUAUAAGUUCGUUAUCAUGCCGAAACGUAAAGUGGAAGACAAGAUCGAAAGAUACAAGGAAAAAAUAAGAAAAUUAGAGGGAAAACGUCGUCGUAUUCGUGCUGUUUCCUCAUCAGAUUCGGAACAAAAUACAAGUCCGAGAGAACUGGAGAAUCCGAACGACGAAGUGAUCGACUGCGAACCAGAUGCGCCAAUGGACCCACCGAGCGACGCGGCGCCGGCCUCCGAGGCCCCCACCGACUUGCCUCUCGCAGAAGCUGAACCAGCGCCGCUCGCAGUUCCGGACCUGGACCCGAAUAUUCUAGCGGCACUAGGCGAGAUUACGGAUGAAAACCCGGAGUUUGGCGUAAAAAUUCACGAGAAUCUCGCAAAAUUAUGGCUGCCUUUAUUGAAGAAAGGCAUGACUAAGGAGUGUCGAGAGGCGCUUAUGGCGAAUUAUCCUAUCCCGGAAAAUUGCUCUUUACUUCAAGCGCCAGCACUGAACCUCGAAGUUUCAGCGGCUAUACCAGAGUCUAGUAGAUUCCGAGAUAAGAAAAUGACCGCUACCCAACAACAGCUGGGAGUAGGCAUUACUGCAAUUAACCGAGGGUUACACUUGCUGGUUAAUAGUGACAGCAGAAUAGAGGCUAUCAAGUAUAUCAGUGACGGAUGCCGUAUUCUAUCCGAUCUGCAUCACCAAAAUACAGAGGCUAGAGUUAAAUUCAUAACUCCCUGCCUGGACAAAUCCUUUUUACAAUCCCUCGAUCGCUCCGAACGGGACAGGUGA